AUGCUCUCCAAAGUUUUCAGUAUUCUCCUCCUUGGCAUUGUUGUCACAAGAACAACAGCCCAAUGUACUACUUGCUUUGAUGGAAGCACACCAAAUGAAGAUCGAGCUGGCUGCCAAGAUAUAAUUGAUGUUGUCGCCAAUCUAGAUGCCGGCUCUUCCGAGUGUCAGGCAAAACAGCUCGAGGCAUAUCAGAAGGUAUGCUGUAACAGUGCUCCAAGCAUCUGUACAGUCUGCCCUGAUGGUGCAGCUUUCAACGCAGAGACUCUCGUGCCCAACCCAAGAGCAGGACUUUCUGACAUUACCUGCGCCGAUCUGAAUGGAGAUCUGAAUUUCCUUGAUUUCAUUUCAACCCCAGGAAUUUGUAGUGAUACCUUGUUACAGCGAAGCGCUACUUGGUGUGGAUGCCCAAACACCAGUCGUCAAUGCACCCUUUGUUCAGAUGGAAGUACACCUGCUAACUUGGAUCGUAUUGAAAAGGUGCUUUACAAGUGGGACUGUCAGUUCUUUGAGUUUGUUUCUUCGUUUUUCUCGUCAGAGGAGUGCCCUAAUUUGAGUGCCACCGGCGAUAUUCUAAGCAUUGACGCGGCCGCUUUCUGUGGCUGCCCAAACACAUCCCGUCCAACGACGUGCAGUCUUUGUGGAGAUGGAGAAAUCAUCAAAACAGAAACCGAUUUAGGCCCUUAUACCUGUGGUGAGCUUUCGCUUUCUGUCGGUUACAUCAACAACCUUCAAACAUGCGUAAAGGAAAAGACUUCGCUUCGUGAUGUGAACGGACAAAAUUUUGUGGAGAUGUGCUGCUUUGACCCGAGCAGUACUGGUUCUGGAGCUAGCGAAUCAGCUCGCUAUCUUGCUUUUCUGCUUUCUUUCUUGGCUCUGAUCUAA